AUGUCUCCCAAAUCGAUCCUGGUGACAGGGUGCUCGGUGGGCGGUAUUGGUGCCGCCAUCGCCCUCAAUCUUGCCAGAGGCGGUCACAAUGUCUUUGCUACAGCACGAACUACGUCCAAGAUACCACCAGAGCUAUCAGCUCUACCUAAUGUCAUAGUCGUUCAACUAGAUGUUACUUCCAAGUCGUCAGUUGAGGAGGCAGCGAGAACCGUGGGUCAGAGCGGUGUUGCUGGCCUGGACGUAUUGGUGAACAACGCAGGAGCAGGAUAUGGAAUGCCGAUCCUCGACAUGGACGUAGAGAAAGCCCAGAAACUUUACGAUGUCAACGUCUGGGGGCCUGCCGCAUCGUAA